AUGUCGCCCUCAAUGCCAAAAGCAUUUUCGCGCAUUGCGCAAUCCCUCAAGCCAAACGGCACGAAUGGUAGCACAGACGCCCUCUCAGAGAAAGGGAAGGCAGCACGGCGCAACGAACUCAGGCGACUGGAAAAGCAGGAGAAAGAGGAACGACGUAGCUAUGAGCAGGCAGAGAUCGAGAAACGAUGGCGCAUCGAAGAUGAAAGCGCCAGGGCCAGCGAAAGCGAAGAGACGCGGGCACGCUAUGGAGAACUGGUGGAAGCCCACGACCUCUCCACGAUUGCCGAAAUUGGCGAGAUGUCUGUGGGCCAGGAAGUCGAGUUUCGUGCCAGGAUAUUCACCCAGCGCCGUGUUUCAAGCAAGCUCGACUUCAUUCUGUUUCGCGACCAAACCCACUCGAUCCAGGGCGUUCUUGCUCACACUACGCCGCACAUGGUACGCUGGGCUCAACGUCUUCACCCCGAGUCUCUUGUCUAUGUGACGGGCACGCUCAAAAAGCCAGUAGAGCCGGUCCGCUCAGCUACACACUCUGAUGUCGAGGUCGAUAUCUACUCCAUUCACUUGGUAAACUCAGCAAACAACCUGGGGUGGACCAAUUACGAGCCCCCGGAUUCAAUGCAUACACGACUUUCUGCGCGUGUGCUCGAUAUUCGCCACCCCUCCAACCAGGCCCUCCUGCGUAUACGCUCCAUGAUCACCCGUCAGUUUCGUGACGUGCUAGACGACCAAGGCUUCAUCGAGAUUCACACGCCGAAGUUGCAGCCAGCGGCGACAGAAAGCGGCUCUUCGGUUUUCAAGGUUAACUACUUUGGACGUACCGCUUUCUUGGCCCAGAGUCCUCAGUUGGCGAAACAGCAAGCCAUUGCCGCCGAUCUGGGGAGAGUCUUUGAGAUCGGGCCUGUAUUUCGUGCCGAAAACUCCAACACCCAUCGGCAUCUGACGGAAUACACUGGUCUCGACCUUGAGAUGGCACUUGAGCACUCCUACGCGGAGCUGAUUGUUGUUGUCGACAAAGUCUUGAAGGCAAUUAUUUCUGCAGCCCAGUCCAUGCCUGAGAUCCACGUUGUGCGCCAGCGCUGGCCCAGCGAGGAUGUGGUUUUCCUUGAAGAAACCCCGGUCAUUCCAUUUUCCGAGGGUAUCCAGAUGCUUCGGGACGAUGGAAGAGACGUUGCUAUGGAGGACCUGUCAACCCGUGACGAGAUCCGUCUCGGAGAACUCAUCAAGGAGAAGUAUAACACGGACUUAUACAUCCUCGACAAAUUCCCAGCCAAUGCUCGACCGUUUUACACUCACAAAGCGGAAGACCCCCAAUGGACCAACUCAUUUGACAUCUUCCUCCGGGGCCAAGAGAUAUGCACAGGAGGGCAACGUAUCCACGACGCUGCCUUGCUUCGUGAGAGCAUGAGAGCAGCGAAAAUAUAUGAGAACGAAAUGGAGGAGUACUUGGCAGCAUUCGACUUGGGCCCACCCCCACACGGCGGCGCUGGCAUUGGCUUGGAGCGGAUUCUUUUGCUGCUGCUGGAGCUCGGGGACAUCAGGCACGCCUCGUUGUUCCACCGCGAUCCAAAGUCCCUCCCCGCAAAAGCUCCGAGUCUUCCCCACCCCGAAGCCGAUACGACAAAACACUGCCACGAAGAACCUCCCGUCGAGAAGCUCAUUGCCAAUUACGGAGACGCCUCGAACACUUCUUGGCUUGAUGAACGUUUCCAGAUCUGGCGUCACCAUUCAGGCGCCGCUGUCGGAUAUGCCAUGCAAAACAAAAAGUUUGUCAUGAUCACAGGUGACCCUCUCUGUGACCAAAGCCAGUAUGAAGAGGUCAUUGCUGCAUUUAUCGAUUAUAUUUACAGCACCCUGGAACGGAUCCCUGUGUGGAUGUUGGUAUCAGACACCGUGCAACACAUUCUUGGGCGCAACCACAAAUGGCGCACGCUAAGUUGCACGGAGGAGCAACGCGUCGACCCGGACAACCGCAUCGAGCCCAGCAAGCACGACUUGAACCGAAUUGAGCGUGAGGGCAUCGACAUUGAUGAAGUCCAUCCCGACGACGACUUCAUGCUGCGCACUGACAAAGCCAUUGAAGAAUGGAAGGCCGCCCGCCAGGGUAAGAAGCAAGUCCACUUGACCGAGGUCCGCCCCUGGGUCGACCAGGAGCACCGGCGCUACUUUGCCGCCCAGCGUGACGGCGAGGUAUUCGGUAUGGUAGUGUUGGCCCAGCUGGCGCGGCGCAACGGCUGGCAGUUGAAAUGGGCUCUCGACUUCCCUGCCGCCCCCAACGGCACGAUCGAAGUGCUCGUCGAGAAUGCAAUGUCGUGUGUCAACGGACCCGUCACCUUUGGCGUGGGCGCGUCUGAGAAGUUGACCCGCGGCGCAUACCUGCACGGCGUGCGUGCCAAGUUCCUGGCCAACACGUACGAGGUUGUUGUCAAGAGUCUUAGACUGGACAGGAAGUCGGCGUUCAGAGAAAAGUUUGGGACCCUUGGCGAGCAGGUGUACAUUUGCUACCCGCGCCGCGGCGUCGGCGUGCAAGACCUGAAGCAGAUUGUGAAGUUCUUUGAGGAUUAG